GUAGCACUACUCCUUUUGGCAUUUAAAAAAUAUCAAACGGUUCCGGCGCGUUGUCCGCUUUGUGCUUGAUUUUCGUGCAUUCGAUGGGCAAAAUCGAGAAUUAAACACCGUUUCUCUAGCAAAUAGUGUGGAUCUCCGUUGAAGUGGCCAAAUCAGCCGUUCGUUUGUGGGAAAUCGAGGCUAAGAACGAGAAGGAAUUUUCGCAACUCCAGGCGAAACGACGCCAGUGCAAAAGGGAGCCCAAAAAAAGAAAGAAAGGAGAACAAGAUGGCCGCGAAGCCCGAGGAAAAGAGCACGGAUAUUCCGGAACGCUUGUUCGACUCCAACCAGCGCAAAACCUACAAGCGCAUGCGCUUCUUUGGCAAGGGCGGCUUUGCAAAAUGCUACGAGAUCAUCGAUGUGGAGACCGACGACGUCUUCGCUGGAAAGAUUGUGUCUAAGAAGCUGAUGAUCAAGCACAAUCAAAAGGAGAAGACCGCACAGGAGAUCACCAUACACCGCAGCCUUAACCAUCCGAACAUUGUUAAGUUCCACAGCUACUUUGAGGAUGUCCAGAACAUCUACAUUGUACUGGAGCUGUGCAAAAAGAGAUCCAUGAUGGAGUUGCAUAAGCGCAGGAAAAGCAUCACAGAGUUCGAGUGCCGAUACUACAUUUACCAGAUCAUUCAGGGCGUAAAGUACCUACACGAUAACCGCAUCAUCCAUCGCGAUUUGAAGCUGGGUAACCUCUUUCUCAACGAUCUGCUGCACGUGAAGAUCGGCGACUUUGGCCUGGCCACGCGCAUUGAUUACGAGGGCGAAAGAAAGAAGACCUUGUGUGGCACGCCCAACUACAUUGCUCCGGAGAUCCUCACCAAGAAGGGGCACUCGUUCGAGGUGGACAUCUGGUCGAUUGGCUGCGUUAUGUACACGCUGCUGGUGGGCCAGCCACCAUUUGAGACCAAGACACUGAAGGAUACUUACUCGAAGAUCAAGAAGUGUGAGUACCGUGUACCCAGCUACUUGAGGAAGCCGGCGGCAGACAUGGUCAUUGCCAUGUUGCAGCCAAAUCCGGAGAGCCGCCCGGUGAUUGGCCAGUUGCUGAACUUUGAGUUCCUCAAGGGCUCCAAGGUGCCUAUGUUCUUGCCCAGCUCUUGUCUGACGAUGGCACCGCGUAUCGGCAACAACGACAUUAUCGAAGAAUCGAUGAUGCAUCGCAAACCGCUGACGGAGAUGAAUGGCGUCCGACCCGACGACACCCGUCUGGAGUCGACGUUCCUGAAGGCCAAUUUACACGACGCCAUCACCGCCUCGGCACAGGUUUGCCGCCACAGCGAGGACUAUCGCAGCGAUAUCGAGAGCUUGCACCAGCAGCUCACCAAACUCAUCAACGGCAAGCCGCGUAUUUUGCAAGGCAAUCUGGGCGACGAGAACACCGAUCCUGCAGCACAGCCACUCUUCUGGAUAUCCAAGUGGGUGGACUACAGCGACAAGUAUGGUUUUGGCUACCAGCUCUGCGAUGAGGGUAUCGGCGUGAUGUUCAACGACACCACUAAGCUGAUCCUACUGCCCAAUCAGAUCAACGUGCACUUCAUCGACAAGGACGGCAAGGAGAGCUACAUGACCACCACAGAUUACUGCAAGACGCUGGAUAAAAAAAUGAAACUCCUAUCCUAUUUCAAGCGCUACAUGAUCGAGCAUUUGGUGAAGGCAGGCGCCAACAAUGUGAACAUCGAAAGCGAUCAGAUCUCGCGAAUGCCGCACUUGCACUCUUGGUUCCGCACAACUUGCGCCGUGGUCAUGCAUUUAACCAACGGAUCCGUGCAGCUUAACUUUUCGGAUCACAUGAAGCUCAUCCUUUGCCCACGCAUGAGUGCCAUCACUUAUAUGGAUCACGAGAAGAAUUUCCGCACCUACCGAUUCUCGACUAUUGUGGAGAACGGCGUGUCUAAAGAUUUGUAUCAGAAGAUACGCUAUGCCCAGGAAAAACUUAGGAAAAUGCUGGAAAAGAUGUUUAUCUAAAAAAAAAUCGGCAAACUAUCAUUUAAGGCCGAAUGUUAGUUUAAGUUAAUCCACGAAUGCCCUGGCCAACUUCACAUUUAUGCCCCCAAACAGAUCCUCUGCCAUGCGUUUUUUAAAUUGUAGUUUCUGUUCAAAUUUAUUUGAUUGUUCGAUGUUAGAGUUUAUUUGUUUUCGCCUUUCCCCUUCAUUUACUGAAUAAGUUCAUCGUCAAUGUUGGGCCGCUCUUUAGAAACUGUUUGUUUUUUGCACACGAUCACUUAAUAAAAUUACAAAGAGAUAAAUUAGGUAUUUAAACUAAGAAAUGGUUCUCAGAGAAUGGCUCUGCCAAAUCCCAACUAUCCCAGCUGACUGAUAAUUCAAUUUAAAUGCUGGAUACAUAAUAAAACUUGUAGUAUAGUAUUCAUUGCUUGUAAUAUGCUACGGCGCCGUUAAACAAAAUAAAAAACUUUCGAUUGAAUGCGGAGCAUAACACUGCUUCCUAAUUCGCAUUGGCCGGAAACAACGUUCGUGAUAAGAUACAAUUUGUAAUUGCUUUCAAACGACAAAGCGUAUUUAUAAUUUAAUAAAAUAACUGGAAAUAAACAUUUUUAUCAAUUGA